AUGGACGCCUCCUCCCUCCGCAUCUCCAAGUUCGAUGGAACUAACUUCCACGCCUGGAAGUUCAAGAUGCAGAUGGUGCUGGAGGAACGGGACCUAUGGGAGGUCGUCAGCGGUGAGAUCAAGGCGGAACAGUGCGAGACUCAGUUGGACCAAGCGACGUACAAGAGGAAGUCAAGAAAGGCGAUGGCAGUGAUCUGUCUAGCCAUGGAAGAUUCCCAGCUACCGUUGGUCCGGUCGGCAAGUGGUGCAUGCGACGCAUGGUCAAGGUUGGAAGACCACUUCGAGAAGAAGAGUCUUGCCAACAAGCUGUUCUUGCGCCGUCGCUUCUUCACGACAAUGAUGGAAGAAGGCGACGAUGUGCUCGAACACAUCAACAAGCUCAAGACGCUGGCGGAACAGCUAGAAGCGGUGGGGGCUCCAGUCUGCGAGGACGAUCUGGUGAUCACACUCCUCGGCAGCCUGAGUGACUCGUAUAAAUUCUUGAUCACAGCUUUGGAGUCGCGCUCAGACACUCUUAGCUGGGAGCUCGUGACGUCUCGACUGCUUCAUGAAGAAAUGAAGCGGAAGGAGCAAGGAAGUAAAGGUGAUGAAGCUUCGCAAGGUCAAGCGUUCAUCACAAGGGACAAUCAGCGCAAAGGGCGACCAGUGAAGAAGUCCUGGCCGUGCCACAAUUGCGGAAAGAUUGGUCACUGGAUGGCGGAGUGCCCCUCGCGCAUCCAAGAAAACACGGAGAGACACCGGCCACAGCGUGCUCAAGACAGCGGCGACCGCUAUCGAUCACAACGUGCAAACGUCGCUCAAGAAGAAGACUCGGGCGACUACCUCUUUUCGAUCGGUGAAACGACAUCUGCGAAAUCGAGCGACAUCUGGCUGGUCGACUCCGGGGCGACGCAGCACAUGACGUGCUCCAAGAAGUUCAUGCGGAACUACAAGGGGUUUGACGCUGUGGAUGUCCAUCUCGCGGAUGAUGGAAUCGUCCAAGCAAUCGGCAGUUGGGGACAUUGUCAUGUCAAUGAAGACACCCCAAGGGAUGAAGAAAGGUGUGCUCACAAACGUGUGGCACAUCCCAAAGUUAUCCAGAAACCUGUUCUCGAAGCGAAAGGGACCAAGUGGAAAAUUGGUGCCCGUGAAGGUAAAGGACUGUUCAAGCUGCAAAUGACUCCAGUGGCGCCGGAACAAGCAAAUGCAGCCAAGUCGUCGGGAUGUCAAGGGGGCACCAAGUCGUACCUCUGGCACCUUCGGCUUGGCCACAUAGGUCACGAUGGACUCAAUUGCAUCGUGACGAAGAACAUUGGAAUUGGCAUCGACAUAUCUUCGGUGAAGAAGUGGGACGUGUGUGAAGGUUGUGCUCUGGGAAAACAGACUCGAGUGCGCUUCCAAUCAAACACUACAGCUCGCACCUCCAAACUCCUCGAAGUGAUUCACAGCGACGUAUGCGGACCGAUGUCGAUGGCAACUUUCAGUGGAAAACGGUACUUCGUGACAUUCAUUGAUGACAAGUCAAGAUACUGUGUCGUCUAUCUGCUCAAGAGCAAAUCUGAAGUUGCGGCGAAGUUCAUGGAAUACGCUGCGAUGGCCGAAACGCAAACCGGAAAGCGCGUGAAGUACCUUCAAAGCGACAAUGGGGGUGAAUACAAGUCCGACAAGCUGGCACGAUUCUGCGCGGAACGGGGAAUACAACAAAGGUUCACACCCCCAUAUACUCCUCAGCUAAACGGAGUAGCUGAGAGAAUGAAUCGCACGCUGGUCGAGUGUGCGCGUUGCAUGAUGGAACACGCUGGACUGGGAAAGAGCUACUGGGGUGAAGCAGUGAUGACGGCGAUGUUUCUUCGAAACCGCUGUCCAACACGUGCCAGUCACCAAGACAAGUCUCCAUAUCAAGUGUGGACGAUGAAGAAACCGAUUCUGGCCAACCUUAAAGUGUUUGGAUGCCACGCGUAUGUUCAAGUGCCUCAAGACAAACGCGCGAAGUUCGACUCCAAGUCAUCACUCUGUCGUUUCCUGGGAUACGCCGAACACCAGAAGUCAUAUCGAUUUGAGGAAGUGUCAACAGGAGCGAUCAAGAUCAGUCGCGAUGCCACAUUCAUGGAAGACAAGUUUGAUGAAGGUCCGCGCAACUACAACGAUGAGUCAAGUGUCGUUGAGUUUGAUGAUCAUGAUGAGGACGAAGAAAAAGAAGAAGGUAAAACUGACGACGACAUGGACUCGAGCGACGAUGACAACGAAGACACCAGGUCUUCGAAGAGCAACAUCAAGAGACACACGCGCACUCAAUCACUUGAGAAAGCUACCGUCAUUCCAAGUCCCAAGCGAAGAACAUACAGAGGUCCGUCGCUUGAGCAUGUGUCAGCGGCUGCAAUGGAUUUUGAAGCAGCCUACAUCGUUGAUUCAGUGGGGGAAACGCCGACUACAUUCAAGUCGGCGAUGGAAUCAAGCGACUCCGGCAAGUGGAAAGAAGCGUGUGACUCGGAGUUCGAUUCGCUUCAGAGAAACGACACGUGGGAAAUCGUGCCUCUUCCGAAAGGUCGCAAGGCCAUCGGGUGCCGAUGGGUUUUUCGUGUAAAGGAGAAUCAAGAUGGCGAAGUUGAACGUUUCAAGGCAAGACUUGUGGCCAAAGGAUUCUCACAGGAAUUCGGAGUUGACUAUGAAGAAACUUUUCGCACCGGUGGCCAAGUUCACAUCGAUUCGUGUGGUGCUCAGUAUGGCGGCUAA